CAAAGGCAAAGGAGCUGCAGAAAGAUAAGGGGAGAGAGAGAGAGAGAGAGAGAGAGAGAUGGAUGCAAUGCAAGUGGGACUUCCCAUACUUGGAAUUGUAGCAGUGGCUGCCAUCACCUUCUAUGCUGUUAGCUUUGCUGAGAUUAGAGAGAAAUCAUUUAGAGAUUUGGAGGAUUCUGAGUCUGAAAAUGUUGGAUUCAAGAGUUCUAUGAGUUCCAGGAAAAGAAGGGCCUCUCGAAAAGCUGAAAAACAAGACAAAUUUUGACCAAGAAAGCACACCCCUUUCUUUUCUUCAAUCAGUCUGUAAUUUUUUUCUUUUGGGUUCUUGGUGAAUUAUGGAUGGAAACAAUUAUUGGGAUAUUCAAGUGAAGGGCAAGGUUUUAAGAGAAAUAUUAAGGGCAUGGUUUUUCUUUUCCUC